GCAGGGAUAUAUCAAAGUCAAAGAUACUUCCAUGGCCUUAUUACUUCACUACUAUAUGUCAUGGAACAAGUUUAAUUUUCUGCUGAUAUAAAUGACAAAUAUGCAAAAUAAUAUUCACAAGUAUCUCUUGCAUGACCAAAUGUUUAGGAACUGCAGGGAAAACUGUCAUUUUUUAAUUUUUAAUUUGCCUUUACUAGGUAAUCUGCUUAUAGUAUUCAGCUAAUUGUAGUUACCACAUUGUGCAAAUCAUGUCACACAAUAUGCUUUUUGUAAUACAGGGUGGAAGUUAUGAUGGGGUGUGGAAACAAGCUUGUCAAGCCAAUGUCAUCUCCUGGACAGUUCUUAUCUGGAUACAUCCUGGGCAAAAUAUUUGGCAGCAAAGCAAUAUACCUCAGACCAUCAACAAAUCUUGUUGACAUAAAGAUUGAAUCAAGUGAUGAGGAUUCAGAUUCACCUACUACCUCAAUGCAGCAAGAAUCAAUGUCUUACCAUGAAAAUCCUGCUAAAAUGGGAACAAAGAGAAAGAGAAAGCAAGAAGAAAGCGGGCCUUCCAAUACAAGUGAAAAUGGCAGUGCAGCAAUAUACUCUUCAUUCAUAAAUCUGAUGAGUGACUCGGAUGAUGAUAAUGACUUGUUGAUAUCUGUCUGGAAAGAGGAGGAGGACAACCUUAACCUUGCCAUUGAAGCAUCUAUGCAAGACUUAAAUGAACUUGCGAUGAAUCAGCUGCCCUCCUAUUUUGGAUUAUUCGAGGGUCGUGAAGGCUACAUGAUGUUCUCCCAUAACAUCAAGCUGGUAGAGGAAAACAAAUUCUUCCUGGCUGGCCGUUUAGUUGGAUUGUCACUGACACAAGGAGGACCAGGAAUUUGUUGUUUUCAUCCAUCAGUGUAUCAUUUAAUGUGUGGUAUCCAAUGUGAUCUUUCAAAAUUUGAUAUGACUAGCAUUGUUGAUACUGAUUUUUCUGCACUUGUUGCACAGCUGAAAUCAGUUCAAACCCAAGAGAUGUUUGACACGUUGACUAAGGAAAAAGGCGAUUAUAUUGCUUCAAUGGGGUAUCCUGAAAUUUAUUCUACAAAAGCAGAAGACAAGGAUCGAAUUGUUGCUAGUCUGUUAAAAUAUCAUUUGUUCUACAGGGUCACAGCGGAGAUGAUGCAAUUUACAAAAGGCUUAAAUGAGGCAGGAGGGUUAUGGGAGACUAUAAAACAACACCCGAGAAAGUUUGAAUUAUGUUCACAUAUAAUCGUUGUCUGAUAACUUGUGCACAACUGAAAGAAUUGUUCCACAUUCUUUGGAGUGAAGAAGGCAGUAACAGACGAGAUAAAGAGGAUGCGACAAUCUACUGUUGGGAAAUAUUUUUAAAAAAUGUUGAAGAUGGAAAUGUGAGUAUUUGUACACUCGACGACAUAACUGUAGACAUGCAGGUCAAGGAUGUCCUCCAGUUCAUCACAGGCGCGGACUGUAUACCACCAAUGGGAUUCAAUAAGAACCUUUUGAUCGGGUUCUACGACCAGGAUCUAGAAGAAGGAGGUAAACGGUUUCCCUAUGCAUCGUCAUGUGCCUUGCAACUCUUUGUACCAAGAGGCAUAGAAGAUCCAAGUAAGUUUGAAGAAAUGAUGAAAGAAUCCAUUUUUGGAUCCGUUGGCUUCGACAAAUCGUGAAUAAUGGUGUUUGGAUAUAUUAACUAAGUAUAUUAUUUAAAUUUAUUCUCUGUUUUUACGUUUGUUA